CAUUUAACCAGUGGGCAGAGGCAGCACGGGGAGACAGAGGGCUUUUCAAACUGAGCACAGCACACCCGGCGUGUCCUCAGCCGAUACCUGGAAUGCAUGGGACUUGUGAAUAAUGAUAAUGGAUAUUGGUGCGUCUCUACUCGGAUCUUUUCAACCCAGCUGGAGCACUUGGACCACUGCGACGCUGAACAAUUCGUGCUUUUGAUUCUAUUUUAUCCCGGGUGUCCCGAUUUUGAUGUGUGAUGACUUGAUUGCGGAUCAACUAAUGAACGUGUUGCCGCCCGGAGAACAUAUGCCAGAGCAAGAAGCUGGCGUGGAUUACUUCAUCCUGUCCUAGGAUCACAUCAGUAUUUUACUUCUGCCCUGGAUGACAACAACGACAAUGUAUGGAAUAAACCAGCGCUGCAUUUAUAUAUCAUUUCACUUUUUCGUGUUGUGGUGCCAAGCUCAGGGGGAGAAUCACCCGUCUCCUAAUUUUAACCAGUAUGUGAGGACGCAGGGCGCGGUGACGGACCAGCUCAGCCGCAGACAGGUCAGGGUCUACCAGCUCUACAGUCGCACCAGCGGGAAGCACGUCCAGAUUCAGGGCAAGCGGGUCUCCGCCACCGCCGAGGACGGCAACACCUUCGCCCGUCUGUAUGUAGAAACGGACACGUUCGGCAGCAGAGUUCGGAUCCGAGGAGCAGAAAGCGGUCGCUAUCUCUGCAUGAACAGAAAGGGGAAACUAGUGGGAAAGCCCAACGGCCGGGGCAUGGACUGUAUCUUCACCGAGAUCGUCCUGGAGAACAACUACACAGCCUUCCAGAACGCCCGCUACGACGGUUGCUUCGUGGGCUUCACCCGCAAGGGCCGACCACUGAGGGCCUCCCGGACCCGGCAGAACCAGCGCGAGGUCCACUUCAUCAAGAGGCUCCACAAGGGCCCCCCGCCCUUCCCCAACACGGAUCACAGUAAACACUUUGAGUUCAUCCGCUUCCCGCCCAUACGGCGAGCCAAGCGGAACCGCAAGUCCCCCCCCACGUCCAUUCCCCCAACUUCCUCCUCCUCAUGAGCCCGCCCCAGCGAUGACCACGGUGGAUGUGGUGUCAUGGUUGUGGUGGUGAUGACUCGGACUGAUGAUGACAUCGCCGGGACAGGAGACGAUGUGAAUUUAUUUUUGUAUAUUAUUAUUCAGAGAGAGUGAGAUAGAGAGAGCGAGAUAGAGUGAGAGAAACAAAGACACUGCCGAGGUCAGUGAGGCGAUGUGUUGCAUUGACAAUCGUGUGUAAAUAUGGAAGAGAGAGGAAGAUGGAUGAUAUUUAAUAGACCUGUGUGUGUGUGUGUGUGUGUGUGUGUGUGUGUGUGUGUGUGUGUGUGUGUGUGUGUGUGUGUGUGUGUGCAUGUAUGUGUGUGCGUGUGUGUGCGUGUGUAUGCGUGUGUGUGCGUGUGUGUAUUUGUGUGUGAGUGUGUACGUGUGUGUUUUUACACUCACUGGCAGUAGUGCCAGUAACGUAUAUGAGAUGAGAGGCCAUGAGGGUGAGGGUGUUAAUAAACACAGACUGACCACAAACCUGCAGACAAAUGAAACGCUGUGACCCUUCAGAUCACAGCUUUGUACAGUGGGGCCAAAAUAGAUUUCCAAAUUAAGAGCCCUCUCCCCUUUUUAUAAGGACAACACAAGCUGCCUAGACACGCCAGAAUGGCAACAAUGACACAACAUCCCACAACACACGAUACAGACAACAUCAAACCAAACAACAAACAAACAAACAAACAAACAAACCGAAAUCACCCAAAAUGCAUCAUAAUGUAAAGGCAUUCAAAUCUUAUAUAAAUAGUGCAAUACAUUGUAUAUUUGGUCCGUUAUGAAACAAAAAUAACAUAUUUAAUUUACCACAUCACAUCACAAAAACACAGAUCAUACAGCAAACCACCAUAUCAUACUGCCAUACAACAGCCACAUACAUUUUAUAAGAGCCCAGCCUGCAGGUCCUGCGGCGUGACCCCUGCUGGGACAACACGCAGCUCACCGCCUUCCACUCCAAUAGCCUACCUCCUGAUUAAAAGAGUAGCGACGGACGGAAGGAGCUCCGAUGCACUUGGACCAGAUAAAACUCACCAGUGAUAUUAGCGCCAUUAAGGCCUAAUGGGUGUUGAUAAGAAACCCCGAUUGGCUGGCCAGGAGAUCACAAGAGUUCGUUUGGUUUCCACGGGUAAAGAAAUGUAUUGACAUCUAUUUCAGGACUGAUGCGAGAUGCCUCUUGAAGGAACAAUUUGCGGGACGUCAUAGUUGACUGAGUGUCGCGCGGGGUUGGCAUUCAUGCCCUCAUCAUCGCUAAUCCUCUCCCGUCAUCGUUUGUCUCAUCUGCUGAUGUAUCGAGGAUGUAUCCCGCUGUGGUUCAUUAAAAGUACUCAAACAUUGUC